AUGGAGGACGGAGAUAAAGCCUCCAUUUCUCAUAAUGAGAUGCCUGUGACUCCCGAGCCAAAUUUAUCUCCGCUAGUUGAGGAAGAGCCAGCCGGUGCGUACCAGGUGCGAUGGAAGACCCUCAUGGCUGUCUUCGCUCUGUCCAUGGCGAACUGUUGUGCUGCUAUAGCUAAUACGACGAACACCAUCAUUCACUUCCAAGUCAUGGAUUUGGGAGGCGCCGGCAAGCAAGCCUGGAUAUCGAAUGCUAAUCUCUUGGUGACUCUGGCCUUUGGCCCGGUCUUGGUCUCAAGGUCCAAAGCUGACUAUGAUAAGGGCUCUUUGAGUGAUCGAUUCGGGAAGAAAUGGUUCAUUGUCGUCGCGAGCGUUAUCGGCAUUAUCGGUUCCGUGAUCUCUGGCUCAGCCAAGUCCAUCACAACCAUCAUCAUUGGCAACAUCUUGACCGGCCUUGCCAACGCAGGCUGUAUCAUGGGUGUACCUGCGGGCCAAGAAGUAACUCCUAACAAACUCCGUCCUUGGACAAUGGGCUUCUCUCAGACUCUGGCGAGCUGUGCUGUUGUCGCUGGCACCCUCGGGGCCGGCGCUUUCGUCAAGUACCAGACCUGGCGAUGGUCUUACUACCUCAACGCCUUCGUCUACGGCACCACUACCGUACUGGUAACCUGCUUCUACCAUCCCCCGCCUACAACCCUGCGUCGACAGCAGUCGCGGCUCGACGACCUCUUCGCUCAAGUCGAUUACUUCGGAAUUCUGCUGUUUGUCGGGUCUAUCGCAUCCAUAAUGAUCGGAUUGACCUGGGGAGGAAAUACAUACCCAUGGAGUUCCAGCCAGGUUCUCGCAUCCUUGAUUAUCGGCUGCGUUGGCCUGCUCGCUUUCGGACUCUACGAAAGGUUGUUCACGCGCCAAGGUAUCUUCCAUCAUGACUUGUUCAUGUCUCGCAACUUCCCUAUCCUGCUGUUUGUCUGCGUUGUUGAUGGAAUGCUUUUGCUGGGCGUCAAUGUCGUCUUUUCGCAACAGAUUGCCUCCAUGUUCACAACAGAUGCCGUCAAGAUCGCCACUAUCCUCACUCCGUACCUGGCAACUUCCGCAUUUGGCUGCUUGCCCGCGGGUCUUAUGGCGCUACUCAACCCCAGCAGAUUAUCCUGGGCCUACGCUUUCUCCGCAAUGUUUGGAUGCGGAACUGCCGUCACCACAGUCAUUCCAGUCGUUGCAUUGUCUCUUUCUGUCCCUUCCUAUUUGCUUGGGACAGCAGGAACUCUCAGCGUGUCCGGUCGAGCCCUCGGUGGAGCCGUCGGUAUCACCAUCUUCACAUCCAUCUACCACAAUAAGAUGGGCACGGCACUACCAAAGGCUGUUGGCUCAGUUCUUGCAGCCGCGGGACACUCAAGCCUGCUUCCAGACGUGCUGUCCGCCAUCAACAGUGGGAACCCAACUGCUCUGUCACAUGUGUCUGGUUUGCCAGCGACACUGAUCCCUGAAGUCCUCGCCGCAAAUGACCAUGCCAAUACGUACUCGUGGAGGUUUGUGUGGAUUGCCAUCUCAGUCGUUGUGGCCGCAAAUGCUGUAGCUGCGUGCUUCCUCAAGUCGGUUGCAAGUCAAAUGAACAGUCAUGUUGAGUCUGCUCUGGAGGAUUCGGAUGUUCGUCGAAAGCAGAUGCGUGAUAUCUAA